AUGCCGAAUAAUGAGACCGAGAAAUUGGUCCGGGGCAAUGCAGCCAUGCUGGACGUCCAAGUAUCCCCCACGAGCCGGCACGGUACUGCUCCAGGUGGAGAUCAACAUGUGGAUCUGCCAUACCUGGGGUCAUCCCAGGAGCUGAGGAGCUGGUUUUCAACUGUCUCCUAUUUGGACCAGACUCUCAAACGUGUUGCAACCAUCUUCGAGACUUCACGCCUGUUAUUUUCCGCUCUUCGAACUGCCCUCAGAGCAGGACUGCGAGACCUCCCAGGCCCGUUUUUGGCUCGAUUCUCAGCACUGUACCGUUUGUCUUUGGUAUACCGUGGCAAGGCACCCUUCGAAUAUCGGAAAUUACACAACAAAUAUGGCCCGGUGGUCAGGACAGAAUUCUACGUAGUCUUUACCCCUUAUUACAAGGACAAGCCUAUGGAUAGUCUGUUUACGACCCGAGAUCCCACCUAUCACAAAAACCUCAAGAGACCGGUAGCACAGCUUUUCUCUAUGACCAACAUGAAGAACUACGAGAUAUACACCGACGAAUGCACUAGGAUUUUCAUCGACACGAUGCACGAACUGCAAGGCCAGCCCGUGGAUUUGGGGGCAUGGAUCCAGUGGUACGCAUUCGAUGUGAUCGCUUCUAUUACAUUUCAACGGCGCUUCGGGUUUUUAGAGAACCGUUACGACGUCGACCACAUGAUAGCAGACCUCGAUUUUGCCUUCUUGUAUGCGAAGAUUAUAGGCCAGUUUCCAAACCUCCAUCCUUAUCUUGUUGGUAAUAAGACUCUCCUGAAAACAUUGGAGAGGCUUGGAAUCGAACCGCCUGAUCCGCUGGCUCGAUUUUUAAAUAUAACAGAAGAAGAGAUCAAAAGAUAUGAUGAUCAAAAGAAGGAAAACGGCAGAACCGAUUUCCUGGCGCAACUACGAGCCAAAGAGGCCAAAGACGGUCAGGUCCCACACCGUGAUAUGGUGAAUCACUUAGCAAACAAUAUCCUUGCCGGGUCAGAUACAACUGCAAUUUCACUGAGAGCUGUCUUCUACUACCUCAUGAAAAACCAGUCUACGUACAAGAAACUGGUCGCAGAGAUUGAUGAAGCGGAGAAGAACAACCAGCUAUCUACCUUUGUGACGCAAGCUGUGAUGAAAGAAGCUCUACGGAUUCAUCCUGGGGUGGCGUUUCCUCUAGAGAGGUGCGUGCCUCCAGCAGGGGCCGACCUUGGCGGAUAUAAGCUCCCAGGAGGCACCAAUGUGAGUGCUAAUCCCGCGGUAAUUCAUGUGGACAAGGAUAUCUUUGGCAACGAUGCGAACAGGUUUCGGCCAGAGCGAUGGUUGGAGGCGUCGCCAGAGCAGCUGAAAGCGAUGGAUCGCAGCUUUCUGGCGUUUGGUUACGGUGCCAGAACUUGCAUUGGGAGGAAUAUCUCAAUUCUGGAAAUGGGCAAGUUCAUUCCCCAAGUGUUGAGGCAUCUGGACGUCAAGUGGGCGGCUUCGGAGCCAGAAUGGAAAACAGAUGCGGCUUGGUUUUGGCGACAGACUGGAGUCCACGUCAAGUUUGGUUGGAGGGGGAAAGUGUUGUGA